UUUAGUGUUGGCAAAAAUAUUUGUGUGUUAAAAAAUAUAAAGUAAUUUGUGCUUUAGUGAAUUUCUACAGUCAUCUAUAAUACAUACAUACAUUCUUCCACAAAAAAAAAAAAACACAACACGCUGGGAUUAAAGUUAUUGCAGAUCAUUUAACACAGCGUAUUAACGGGACUUAAAUCAUUGUAAGCUGCUAUAGACGGCUAUGCGCCAGCGCCGUGUGCUAACAUACUCGCCGUAUAACAAGCAAGCAGCGUGUGUGUGACUGCGUGAAAAUCGUUAAACGUACAUCAAAUGAAUUUUAAAUGUUAAAACAAUCACUUUUAAUCUAAAAUAAAGUGCGCGGAUAAAGUGUGAAUGCAAAGUGAAAAAUAAUAAAAGCGAAUUAAAAAAAAAGUAAAUAUACAAUAAAUGUCGGUGUAUAAAUAUAAAUAUACAAAUCUGCGAGUGCGUUAAAUAAAACGAAAUAAAAUUACAAAAAUAAAAUAAAAUAAAUAAAAAAUAAAAAAGCAAAGUGAAAUAAGAAAUUACAUAGUGGAGUGGCGCAUGAAAAUAAAACAAAAAAUAGAAAUAAAAUUAAAUACAUAAAAACCAACGACAAUGCUGUGCGCUUAAUUCCAUUCGUAGCAGCAAAAUCCACGCCUGUCAUUUCACGAGGAUUAACACAUCACAGACGGAGUGGCAGUCAGCACAAACUCACAUACAGACACUCACCAACGUAUAGGCGCUUACAAUGAAGGUGUCUGCAGGAUAACUACGAGUGAGCGAACACACACAGUGCCACAAACAUAUAAAUUUAACGCUUAGACAAACGCGCCUUCGAUUUCGUAGAGCGGAAAUUGCUCGCUUGUCACAAGGGUUGCCAUCAUUUUCAGAUUAUCUUGAUUUUUAUGGAUUGCAAAAAUCAUCCACGAAAAACGAAGAUCUACACGGUUUACACAGUAAUCGAAUGAGAAAAUAAUAAUCUUAUCCAGGUUUGCCACAAAUAUUCAACAAAAACUUGGUCCUGGUCUUCGCCACAACGACUGUCAAACAUACAUACAUACAAAGAGCGUGGGGCAGCACACCAAUCAUCAUGCAUUCACCUGGAAAAUACGCACUAAUUUUCAAAUAGUUGGCAAUAAAAUCGCUGAAUGCGAGGAAUGCAAUCGCUGCGCACGCCAAAUUAGUCCACAUUUUUUUGUGAUACGCUACAGCAGUCAACUACCACACUGGCAGUGCAUGCGUCUUCAGUCUUCACUAAACACACCCACCGCCACACUGUGGACUAUCACUUUUAUCUGACUCUACUAAAAGUGUUUAGUUACCGCGCAACGAAAACUUGCUCCUUUGCCAAGGACGUUUCUGCGUUUCACUCGCGUCGGUACGCGCGUACGACGCUCGUAAACGAAACAACACUGACGAACGAGCUAGUGAGUUCUGGAGAGAGGAAGUGACGUGGAGGCAACUUUCGACAAAAGUUGAAGCUGCAAAGAGAUUUUUGGUUAUUUACGAAUUUCUGUUGAUUUGUUGAUUUCGUGGAUUGAAAGUUUGUGGCAUUAGCAAAUCAGGGCAGGAGACGAUACGACGACACAACGAAGGCGCCGCCAACACAAUUGCGAACAAGCGAACAACCAAAAAAAAGAAAGAAAUAAAAAGUCAACACAAUCAAAAGAAGUGAUAAAAUACAAGCAACAGCAGCAGCUGAAGGAAGAAGGAAGAAGGAGAAGAUUGGUGAAGAGAGCAACCGAAAGAGGGAGCAAGAGAGUGGGACGAAAGCGGCGGCUUUGUGGGUGGAAAGUUUGCCCAACAAACGUGGCCGCGCCAGCAAGCAAGCAACAGUAGUUGAAAUUUUUGUGGUGGCACAGCACAAACUCAAUUUUAGUUGGCGUUAGCGAGAUACUAGUUGCAAUUGUUGUUGUUGUAGUAGUUGUAGCGGCACCAAAAUCAAAUAAUCAAAGCAAACAUUGAGGCUGUAAUAACAAGACACGAUCUGGUGGACCAGCUGCAGCAACAGCCGUUACAAGCCAGCAUAAUACUAAAUGUGCUAGCAACAGCAACAGCAGUAAAGCAACAACAACAGCAGUAAAACAACAACAACAACAAUUCACAGAAACUACAACAACUACACUAAAACUAACAACAAUGUUGGCUAGUAAAGCCGUGCGGCAAGAUGAGCAAAGACGGCAAAGAUCAAAGUAUUAAAUAGCCAAAGCAGUUGCAGGCUUGUUGCCGAAGAAUAGAAGAAGCAAUUGCUGUAGUAGAAGCAGAAGAAGAAGAAGCGCAGUAAGUAGCAACACAGCAACAACAAGUCAGGCUGGUGGCUUACGCAACAAGCAAAAUAAGCGUUGCAAUGAAGUCGACGACGGCAGCUUGGUGGCAGACGAGAGACAAACAGACAACGAGCGCUUUUCCAGCAAUAACAACAACAAAAACACGCACAACAAACAAUUUGUGCAAUAUUAGAGCUUCAACAGCAGCAACAACAACAACAACAGCAGCAGUAGCGUCAAAGGAGCAGCGAAGGAUAAUGUGCACGAAGGCCGUUGAGACGCAUCAGCAGCAGCAGUCGCACGAAUGCACGGAUGAGCAAUGUGAUGACAGUAGAGACAACAAAAAACAACAACAACAGCAACAACAACAACAACAAGAAGAGUUCAAACAGUUUAAUGCCAAUGACUGCGCGGUGGAAGAUGUGCCAGCGCAACGAAACCCGAAAAAAGUAUCAGCAGCACACAACAACAACAAUACACUCGUGCACGAAACGAUGAACCGGCAGCAGCAGCAGCAACAACAACAACAGCAGGAACAGAAACAGAAACAGCAUCAACGAGGGAAAGCGCGUGACAAAAGGCAAUGGCAGCAGUCAAUGUGUGGCAGCGACAGUGGCUGUGGCACACGCUGUCUUCGUGCUGGAAUCAAGUGGAAAAUUAUAAUAUCAACAAUAAUUUUGCUAUUAUGCCGCACAAGUCACGUGCUCGCCAUACGAAAGGGUCGUCUCAUGUCCCCGAGCUCAUUCACUGCCCUAAGCGGUGAUCUACACGUACAGAUACAAUUCAGCGGUGAAGAUGUGGCUGCAGCCGGCAAUGGUGUUGUGGUGGGCGUGGCAGGCGCAGGAGUUGGGGUUAAAGAUGGCUGGACUGAAGUGGCGGCUGAUGAAGCAAACGUGCGGAGCUCGACAACAACAGCAAAUACGGCGUCAACAGCUACAAUGACAACAACGACGACAUCACGCACAACACAUCCAUUAGAUGGGUUGGGCUACCGUCAAGUGGACGCCAGUGGCGUUGGUGUGGGCGUUGUGGAGAAUACCAUUACAAGCACUUUGGUAAUUAGUAAAAUCAUUGAUGAUUUUUUGGAUGCAAUGGAUGCGUCGCCGUCCUCGUCUGGUAAUGAUACGUCGCAUAUGCAGCAUGCACAGUUCAAUAGCAGCUUAACGAGCAGUUCGAGUGCGGAAGUGACAACGCCGACAGCGUACAAUGACACCCACAAUCAGUCAAUGCCGCCGCCAACGAAAGUGUUGCAACGUCGCCGCAAAGAAGUCGUGCAGAACAUACCGGUCUUCCCCGAUCCGCGCCAUAAUGUCACACAAAUCUCGGUGCCCUGUCAGACGUUUACACGCGGCGGUCUGUAUGAAAUGCAGGUCGUAACCAAUUUGAAGACCACCGCGCCUGUAGCAGCAUUGAAUGGCAGCCACACUCAUGAACCAUUGCCCACCAUGACCACCACAACACUGAUGCCGGUCAUCGAUGAGCGCCUGCGUCAGACGCUCGAUGUGCGAUGGCCGAGCGCCGAUAUGCAAGUGACGCCGACACGCUUGCGCACCUAUCCCGAUCAACCGGUGGAGGUGGUGUUGCGCUUCCCCGAAGUGAAUUGUGAGCGCGCUUGGCACGAGAGCAACUCGCUGGAUUUACCGCAAUUUUGGUUGGAGCUCAUCUAUUGCGGCAAGCAACGCAGCUGCAGCGAUGUGUCACCACAGAAUGUUAGCAAAUCGAGCAUUCUGUAUAUGGAGCAAGUACGCGGUUAUCCGAAGCAUAAGGUCGUGCAACUGGGUUGCGAACUCUUCGGUUUGGCCGGCAAUUAUGCCGUGCAGUUGCGUCCGAUGGUGCUAGCGUCGAAUGUGCCCAUCACACGUCGCUUCCUCAGCGUCGAUUGGAGCGAUAAAUUUGUGUUUAAUGUUUAUGCGCGCAGCAUCUUCCCUUGCGAUCCUCACACGGGCAUCGGUGUGUUGUACGAGUAUCCAGCUUGUAUACUUGAGCAGGGUGAUCGUGUGCGCGUUUUCGCUAAGCUGCGCGCUGAUGUGGCAUCACUGAAACCGCCCACUACGCUGCACUAUGUUGCCGAGCAGCGUGUGGUGAAGAGUCAUCAUUCGCUCUACUUCAGCUGUGACUUGUUCACCGAGAAGUACGUGGAGUACUGCUUCGUCUAUGUGAGUCAAGCGAUCUCGGGUGCUGUCGCGGAUGUGCGUAUGGAUUGUGUGCCCACAUUGCCAGUUAGUGACUCCGACACUGGUGGCUGGGGACCGUGGAGCGAAUGGACACCAUGCUCGACGAAUUGUCUGGGUGGCACGCGUAAUCGUUAUCGAUUUUGUGACUCACCCCCACCGCGUUAUGGCGCUAAAUUCUGUGAAGGUCCCUCUGUGGAGACCGAAAAAUGUGGCAACGCCAUCGCCGAUACUUGGGAUUGCAUUUACGAAAGCAGCGGCACCACCUUCACCGCUGCUAACCGCACCGAAGUCAGUCAGGAGAUCGGACCUGGCUGCCGUUGUGGCUGCAUCGUACAUUUGGGUUCAUCAAAACCGAAACGCAUUUUAGCUGGCGCCACGCAAAGCUGUCCGGGACGCUCUUUUUGGCUCAUACAGGUGGAUGGCGAGCAGAAUAUUGCGCUGAAUUUGAACUUUUUGCGUUUGCCCUGUCCGGCGCAGUACAUCAAAGUACGUGACGGUCCGUCGCUCUCAUCGACGUUGCUCAUUGAAUUGAACGGCGGAAGUAAUUUAAAUAUGCCAACACAAAUAGAAUCGAGUGGCGCGCAAUUGUUGUUGGAAUUCUAUGCUGGCGAGCCGUCGAGUGAUGUGCAUGCCAACGCCAUUGGCCAUGACAACAACAGCAAAAGCAAAAGCAAAAGCAACAGCAGCAACAAUAACACUGUGGUGGGCAGCGUUAAUGCCGCUUGCACCGGUGGCUUUUUGGCGAAUGUCGAACAAAUUGCAGUGCGCAAUGAGACAACAACAACUGUGCUGGCCGCAGCCACCAGCAGAUUGUCGGCAAAGAAUCGCAACGUUUCGCAGAAGCCAAAAUUUAGUCGUUCGAAAUUUACGUUGGUCCACUUGAGUGCGGUGGUCUUUGCCAGCAUCAUUAUCUUGAUCAGCGCCUUGUUGGGUGCGCAAUAUGUUGUACGUUAUCGCAAGUACCAUUUGGCAGUGGCGCGUCGUCGUGAUGAAGGCUCACGCCUGCAUACGCCACGCGCCUCCAUGAGCUCACUGCAAGGACCGCCAUCACGCGCCAUUUCGACUACCACACUGCUAUCGGAGGUCAUCUAUUUGGUGAAGAUGCGUCCGAAACAUCAGUUGCGUCAUUCCAUAUUGCGGGAGAGCGUCGAUGCGGAGAAUUUGGCGCGCGAAACGGAGUUCAAUGACCCGGAAGAAGGAGAAGAGGAUGCCAAAACGACGACACGCAUGGUAAAAUGCGAUGAGGAGCGUGGCAGCUGCAGCUCGGUUGUCACUUUGCGCAAUGAAAUCUCACAAUCGCCCGAAUCUGUAAGUGGCAUCAGCCGUUCGCCUUCAUUGGAGGAUGCCUUGGGCUCCACUACGGGCGCCGGCGAGACCAGCGGCAUUUUUAGUGGCACGCUGACACGCAAGGACAGCGGUAAGGACACCGAGUCGAUCAUUUCAUCGGGCAUGAGCUCAAUUUGCGCCAGUCCGCCUAUACGGCAUUCCGGUCGUUUCAACCGUUACGGCCCCUCGGGCACAUUAAUGCCACAGUCAGCACAACGCCUGGACGAGACGACGCUUAGCGAUCGCGACUCAUUGCGUUCGUCACUGCGCGAAUAUGUGUCACGUUGUGCGAGUGCAUCGCUGACAAAUGGCUGCUAUUCACCUGCUGCAAGCGUGGUCAGUACAGCCACCAUACGCACCACCAAUCCUAAGGAGAGUAAAGAGAAACAGAAUCGCAAAAAGUUACUUGCCAGACCCGGUUCCGAAUUCUCACUGGGCAAUCAGGAAGAGCUCGAGCUCGAUUACUACGAUUAUAAUGUGAUAAAUGCCGGCGCAGCACCGGGCUCCUAUUUGGGUAUGGAUCCGGCGCAACUGAUCUGGGUGCCACCGCUUGAGGUGAUCACCGAUCUACGCGAUGAGGAUGAUAAAACACCGGAGCCCAUGCAAGACGAGCCCGAUGAGACUGAACCGCUCUAUGAAGAGAUCAAAAUGCCGCGUUACGGUCAUUAUUUGAGCGCGCGCAGCAACACCGAGUCGAGCACCAACACCAACAGCAAUACAACACCCUCAUCCGAUGAGCUCUCACCGCUAGGCAGCCAUCUGCAUUCGAAGGCUUCUUCGCCCACAGCCGAAAUGAAUCUGAAGAACACAUUGCUGCAGCAAAACAUAUCCUCGAAUGGUGGCGGCAGCAAGCAACCCACACCAUACUUUUCACGCAAACAACGGCGCCAUGCCAAACCGCAUUCACGUUCCACCUCAUCGCUGCGCAGCGGUGGCGGACGUGAGGUUGUCAUACAAAUGCAACAGUUGAGUGGCACCAAAUCGGCACGCAAUAUACGCACUUCACCCACAGUAUCGGUGGAGGAGGCGCAGCAGAAUGUUGAGUCGGCGCGUGACUCGCCUGUAAUACCCGCUACUUUGGUCAAUUCCAUCACCGACUCGAUGAACGAGUCCAUGACGGGCUCCUAUGUGGAGAAAGAAACCUUGGUGGAGAAGCAGACAUCACCCGAGUUAAGUGAGGGUCUUCUAGGCAUAGACGAUAUACAAUUUGCCGAUGAGAGCGAAAGCGAUCAUGAUGUGUCCAAGCAAAAGUCCGGUAAAUACGAGCAGGUGAAGCCGAAAGUGGUCUCCUCAAUAAAGGCGCGCUUGCAGCACUCCUCAACGGUGGCGGCCAAAUUGAAGCGCAUCAGCGCCGAUAGUGCAAUAUUGGAGAAACGCGGCGGUCUAGUCAAAGAGCCAAGCUCGUAUCGCAUCGAAACGAAUGUAUGAGUAAUAAGUAAUUGGAAUUAUUUUGUGUGAAGAGCUGAGCUCACAAUGAUUUGAGGCGUUAUAUUUACAUACAUAGAAACCUACUUGAUAAUGCAUGCAUAAAUCAACACAUACAUACAUACAUAUAUAUAUACGAGUAUAAUAUAAAAUGGUAAGCGUAAAUUAUUAUUAUGUUAUAAUACUAAUACUAAUACUAAUAAGGGGGCGAGCUAUAAGUUUAGCUGGCAAUUUGUUCCAUUGAUUAUUAAUUAUAGGUAUACGUUUCGUUUCCUUUGCCAUGUAAAUACAUAAUGAUAACAGUAAUUAUUAAACAGUAGCUGUGUAGGUUUAAAAGCAACAAAAACAAAAACAAAAAUAACACUGUAACAGUUUAAAGUAUAUGGGUUAUGUGUAUUGUACUAAAAUAGCGUAAUAUUGGCGUUUUCUAAGUAAUCACACUGAACGUAUUUGAAUACCUUGUGACCAAAAAAAAAUGUUUUCAAACAUACAAACAUACAUAUUACAACUAAUAUCUGAUAGUAGCUAUUAAAUGUCUGCCGAGUUUAUUGAAAUUAAAAAAUGUGGUUUGUCGUGAAGUGGAGGCAAAAUUGAAAACGAAAAUUUAAAGUUGAUUACGGCAAACAUAUCGUUCGUUAAUCUUUCAAAACUCGUUAAGUCGUCUUAUCAACUUAUCUAUAUACUUUUCUCAAACUCGAAUUAUUUUUCAGUAAAAACCUUUUAUUUAUUUUUUCUAAAAUAAUAUCAUUAUUAUUUUGAUUAUCAUCCAAAAACUUUCAAGAUUUUCAAACGGAUCAUAACCUAUACUAUAUCAUCCUCAAACUAUUAUGAGAUCGAUCACAAUAUUUAAAAGAUGUAAACCUAGGCAAAAAAAAAAAAAACAUUAAGAGAUCUCCAACCAUCUCAACACCUAUACUAUAUAAUCCUCAAACUAUUGUGAGUUUUAUAAAAAUAUUUAGAAAAUAUAAACCUAACCAAAAAACAUUAAGAGACUUUACCAGUAUAACCCAUGAAAAAUUAGGCGAUUAUCGUGAAGCGAAUGCUUCGAAGUUUUUUCGACAUAAUAAGGUAUUAGGUCUACAACUUUGCUUCCGCCGUUUUUUUUUUUUUUUUUUGUAAAUUUAAGGCUUUUUUUCACUUGCCUCACCGUACGUAUCCGAAAUCAUUCGAUGAACCUCAGCCGCACUUUUAUUGGAAUUGAAAAAGAAAAGCAAAAUUUCCCGCAAAUGUCGAGAAAUCGGCUCAAAAAAUGACAUUUUCAGUUGAGAAUAAGUUUGGGAUGCAAACAGAUCUCUAAAAAUAUUUUGUUGGGUUCAUGUUGACACAAAUGUCCAAGAUUGGAAGCAAAGUUGUAGACAUAAUAUAUUUUCAGCAUAUACCAAAUUGACAAUUUUCAACCAAUGAUUUUAUAGUAAAUACAUUCAAGAAUACUAAGUUUUAAUUUGAAAACGAUCGGUCAAUUUAUCGUUGAAUUAUGAUGUCAGCAAUUUUGAAAAAUUUCGUUUCGAGAAAAACGCGUUUAAAGUUUCAACUAUAUAGGUUUAUGGCGGUCGUUUUAAAUCGCGGCCAUCCAAAAACUAUUUUUGAAGGGAUAUAAACAAUCGAAUAAGGAAAAUAAGUAUCGAUUUUUUUUAAAUGUCACAUUGGUAUAGUCCCUUAAUAUUUCUCCUAGUCAUAUGAAUCCUAGCUUUAAAUUUCCCGUCUCUAUAAUUUAUCAGGUUAUAACUCAAAGACUAUAUGAGAUUAUCAAGGGUAUUAAUUUCAGUCGUCUAUCUGUUUUUCUAAAAUAUAAACCGACUAUUUAUAAAGCAUAUUUAUUAUACACCCCUCUGCAAUAGCACAGAAUCUCCUGGAGAUUCGAACGAUGAAAUUUUCUUUUGCUGUUGUGUAACUUGUUCGACAAAAUUCAAAAAUUUCAAACGAUUGAAAAAUAGGUGUCGACGAAUUCCUAGUCGAGUUGAGCGAUUGAUCGACACUUACAAUAGCAACAAUAUUCGAUAGGGGUGAUAUAAAGUGUUUUCCAAUAAGAGAAGUAUGGAAAUAGUAUAACGGCGUCAAAUCGCACGACCGAAGCGGCCAAUUGGCCACUCGAUUGCGACAUACGCUGUGUGACUUGUGGCGCAGUCCUUUUGGAACCGCAUAUUGUCCAUCCAAUUCGGGCCAAAAAUAUUCAGUUAUCGUUGAGCGGUCAGACAGGAUGAUUAUGACGACCAUAAAUUGAACGUAGCGCUCUUAAAGUUGAGGCCACUAACUCGAAUUUCGGUAGUAAAUUUUAAUAAUUUCGACACGUUGCUGAAAUGGCAAACCUUACUGAAGAGAUGUGUCAAAACAGUGGGAAAAAUAUGGCGUCAUUUGCUAUUUCGGUCAACUUUUGUAGCGUCCCUUUUGAAAAACGCUUUACUUGUUCACUAUUUGUCGGAAAUUUGACUAAAUCAUGUAUCUCAACUUAGUACUUUUAUCUUCUCAUGCUCAAAAUUGAACCAUUUUUCGACAUUUUCAUCCAGUUAUUUAUACUAAUUUGAUGGUUAAUGAAUUUUCUUUAGAAAUUUUAUUCGAAAUAUUUUCUUUAAUUAAGGGAGAACAAAAUAGUCGAAGAGAAACUUAAAAAUUUAUAUUAUAAUUCUCGAAAAAUCAUAAAUAUACAUUUUUUGUCCCCUACACCGUAUUACUAAACGCUUAACUGCUUCUGACGAAAAAUUUUAGAACAAUAAUGCAAUUUUGGUGAUGAUCCCAAUUCACACUCAGUAAUAUUUUGAAGUUUUUUUCUUCAGAACUGUUAGUUGUAGAUGAUAGAUAUUUCGUAUCAGAGUUAUGUUCCCAAUUAUGUUAUCAAGAAUAAAUAUAAUGGAUUGCCUAUAGGAGCCAAUAUUUAAGUAUGUUCUUUACGGAGGGUUGUAUUUAUUUAAUGGUUAUGCCGAGAACUUUUACAUUGAUAUUUAGUAUCAUAGAGAGAUAUCAACAAUUUCGUAAUAUUUUUUAAAAAUUAUUUGAUUUUGAACUUAAAAAUAUAUAUUAAUUGUAAAAAUACUCUACUCAAGCUACUUUUCAAAAUUGCCUCCACUUUUCACCGCAAUAAAAAGAAUUUUCUUGCUAAAUUUCCUGAAAAAAAAAAAAACAAAAAUGAAACGAUAACCUAAACAAAUCUGUUAAAACCUGUACUCACUUACUUCGUACCUAUUUGUCCUCUACGAAAAGUAGUAAUUAGUUGAUAAAUAACGCACUUAGGUGUAGACUUUUACAAAAUAUCAGCAAACCAAAUUCAAAUAUAAUAUAUAACUACAUUUAAGAGAAGGAAAGUACUUUAAAAAAACCAAAAAAGCUAAAGAAUUACUUUAAUAAAACGAAACUUUAUUGAGAUAAACUGAAAAAAAAAAAGAAAAUGAAGGUAUUAAAUCUAAAUAGUGAUGAUAAAGAAAGCAGAAAAUAUACGAGUCAUGCAGUUGGAGAAUGAACAAAACUAUUAACAGUUUAUAUAAACGUUUGGAAUUUAUAAAAUGUGUUUCAAAAUUAGCGCGAAUUUAAUUUUUAUUAAAAUUUAAAGUAACACUACGCUUAAUGUGCAUUUAAUUGUUUGGUAAUUAAAAUUAAUUUAUUAAAUUUAAAUUAAAAAAAGGGUAAUUUGAAUAUUCAUG